AAACAAAAAUAAUAAUUGUGAUGGAUUAAAUAGUCUCCUAGCCCGACAAGAGCACUUUGGGUGACUUGUGGAGAGUUUUCUGGAGGAGGGGAGGCUAAAUUUCACAGGCUACUUCUGCUCCUCCCCCUAGUCCUACUUCCAAGAUCAUUAGUCUCACCCUCUGCACUGUAUCCUCACACACUUCUGGCUGAAGGAAGGAAGAAGGUUAUUUCAGAAAUGUUCAAUUACAGGCAACUCUCUCAUUAAUGGAUGAAUUCCUGAAGUCUUCGGAUAUUAAACUCUCUGCAGAUACCCUGAAGAACGGAUGCUUGAUCAAAAGACUUAAUUUUUCAGGUUGCAGCCAGGGUAAUAGGGACAUCCCGGAAAAUGGUAAACCAGACUGAAGGUUAUGUCUCAGAGCUAAUAACUCGCUCCAUGACUGGUUGUCUGCUUUUCAUUUUUGUGCUCUCCACCUUUCUAGGGAAUGCUCUGGUGUGCACCGCAGUGGUACGGUUCCGUCAUCUGCGCUCCAAAGUGGCGUAUGUGUUUGUAGUGUCUUUGGCAGUCUCAGAUCUCUUAGUUGCCUCUCUUGUAAUGCCAUGGAAGGCAGCCGCAGAGAUUGUGGGUUUCUGGCCGUUCGGCAGUUUCUGUGAAGUAUGGCUAGCCUUUGACAUCAUGUGCUCCACCGCCUCCAUUCUUAACCUGUGCAUCAUAAGCGUGGAUCGUUACUGGGCUAUUGCUAUCCCACUGAGCUACGAGCAGAAAAUGACAAGAAGGGUGGCGUUUGUCAUGAUUGGAGUGGCAUGGGCGCUCUCUGUUCUGAUCUCAUUCAUUCCUGUGCAGCUGAGUUGGCAUAAGAGUCUCCGCCAUAAAGAAGACCUGGGAGAAAUGGCUGAGAAAUGCGAUGCCAGUUUAAACCGCACUUACGCCAUCACUUCAUCUCUGAUCAGUUUCUACAUCCCCGUCUCCAUAAUGAUUGUCACUUACACUCGCAUCUUCCUCAUAGCGCAAAAGCAGAUCCGAAGGAUAUCAAUGCAAGAGUGCACCAUUAAGCAUGUUCAGUCCUGCCAGAGCUGCAGUAAAGCACCUGAAGAGAAGUUAAAAAGCUCAUUUAAGAGGGAAACCAAAGUCCUGAAAACCCUGUCGAUGAUCAUGGGUGUGUUCGUCUGCUGCUGGCUCCCUUUCUUCAUUCUCAACUGCAUGGUGCCGUUUUGUGACCCUGGCCUUCACAACGCCGGGCAGAUCCCAUGUGUCAAUAAGACGACAUUCGAUGUGUUUGUGUGGUGUGGGUGGGCGAACUCUACCUUGAAUCCUGUAGUGUAUGCAUUUAAUGCAGAAUUCCGCAAAGCGUUCUCCAGCCUCUUGGGAUGUGGGAAGCUGUGCUCUCGGAAUACGGUUCAAACGGUUGACUUCAGCAAUGAGCUGGUGUCUUACCAUCGUGACUCCACAAACCUUCGAGAUGCUCACCUCUUCGGUCACCCCUGUCUGCAUCCGCACGCUGUCAGGGAGGAAAGUGAUAAAGACGUGUGCUUCGAUACAGUGUCACAGAUGGCUGAAGUCCCUUGUGAGGCUGAAUGCAACUUUGUAUAUGGGGAAAGGCCUCCUAUGCUAAGUCUUGGAGAAACAGAACUAUCAUUGGAUAAAAUCCUACCAUUUACAAAAGAAGAUGAAUUAGCCUCUCUUGAACGUGUGGCUCAUAAUGAAAUCGAAUCUCCUAGUAUCUCUGAAAUAUUGUAA